CUCACGUUCAUUGGUCGAUGCGUGGGUCUACAAAAAUCAAUGAUUUAUUAAAUUUGACCAACACUGAGGUAAGGUUUGAAGUGGAAAGAAGAGGCGUCGGCGCCGAAUACAAAUUCGCUGCCAUGACCUCCCUUGACCAGUCAGAGACCGCAACAGACGACGCGAACCAUGCGGUGAGGGGUACAGCGUGUUCCCCCUUUCUCGUGCUGCCUCAUUACUCAGACACAGGGUCUACUUUCUCAUCUGCACACUCGUCCUAUCACAGCCUGGGACACUGUCUCCGCAGCAACAUCUUCCCAGGGGCUCCUCUGGAGUGGAAGUCUCUGGUUCAGGAGUCUUACAUCCUGCACCCCCUGGCCCCCCCUCCUCCAGACCCACCACGCUGGUACGGCCGCAGGACUGACGACCUGGUGAGAUGGACCGAGAGGAACAUCGUGAACCAGAAGCUGAACAAGGCCCUACAGCAGAUGGAGAGAAAGGGCAAAUGAAGUUCCUGGUCUCAGCACCCGACCACAGAGUGCUCAUUCUUAGUGACAAGUCCCUAUUACAGCUCGACACACCCAACCACCUCUUAGUGCUGCUGCAUUUCACUAAGUCACAGGAUUCAAAACAACCUUUUAACACAGGCAUGCCUACACAUCACUGUAACCAACCAUUCACUCAUACAUCGUGUAAAAAAAUAUACAUUCGUGGAAGAUGAAAUAUCCCUGGAUGAAUAAAGUUGUUGGAAACAUCCAC